GCUUCGAUCUGUACAGUUGACAGUCCAAGGAAUAUAUAGCCAGAACUGGCACUCUAACCCAUUCACCGUUCCAAACAUACGACAUCGUGUGGUGUUGUUUUUGUCGCACAGAAACGCACCAUCCAGUAGAGAGUUGCAUUUUUUUUGUUACUUAACAUUCCUGGAAUGUUAAUAGCUGUGCGAUAGAACCAUCAAGUAGAGCAAACCUUGCUUUAUUAGUGCAACACUUUACGGCACUUACUUGUUUACGUGAGCAAUAGAACUAGUGCGUGCAAUCAUCGGUGGAUCCUGCCUGACGUGUGGAGUGAAAAGACAGUAUUUUUGAAACAGAGUGUACGGAGCGUUGCCAUGGGAACCAACCCCAUGGACGUGGCAACUGAGCUAGCUGGCUAGUGUGUGCAUUCAUGUUGUGUGACUGUUUUUUUUCGAGCUCCCGUGAUAGGCAAGGGACACCCACUCGUGAUAAGGAACAUUGGUUGUUAUGUUUAUUUUCGUUAAUUUACAAACGAUAAGACACAACGAGCCGCGUAGAAGUGAUACACGUGCAUAAAAUAAUACGAUAAAUACAAUAUUAGCUUAGUAGGAUGAUAGGAAUGUUAGCGUAGCAUAAAUACGGAUCCGUGUACUUUCGUGUAUUUGCGUGGGAUAGUUUUAUUUAGCUUUAUGUAGGUUAGUGGCUUAACAGGGCGUUGAUCGGUAGGCAAAAUUUGCUAGUACUGCAACCCGUACGAUAGCUCCUUUUGGCUUCCAAGCUUUUCGCGGUGUACCCAGCCAGUGCACGUAGUAGCUUUGCGUAGGGCUGUCCGUCGCUCAGCCUGCUUAGAUCGGAGGUACAGCGUCGCGCUAGGCAAUGCUUUGAAUGUGUGCUUUAACGUACCGCCCCACACCAUCCGCUUCCGUGGCCGCCCGUGCACGUUUGGGCGAUUGAUCGCAUCCGGUAAUGGAACUCAAGCCCCGCUCCGCCUCACCAACGACCGUGCCCAGUGGUGUGAUAGUGCAGAGUGCGCUAGCAGCCGGCUCGCUACCGGAGCAGAUCGGCACAGAGAGUGCGGCCAGCAGUAGUUUGCUAGCCGGCAGUAGUAGUUGUACCUCGCCCUUAGCUAGUACCGUAGGUCAGGUGGGACAUCUUUCAGACCGUGCGUCCGAACCGUUCGGAUCGGCCGGUGGUACGGCAACGACGACGUCCACAGGCUCGUCCACCGUUGCGCCUGCGAAGGUAGCCCCCCCGACACUGUCCUCCUCGUGCUCGGCCCCGAUCGCCGUGCACGGUAAACGAUCGCCGUCCAUCGCGACGCCGGUGAAAAGCUCGAACGUAUCCGGCGGUAGCAGCUCCUGCAUACCGAGCCCCAUCCUAAGCCCGCCGGGAAAAAUCUUCGGACGCAACAACAACGGCAUCAUGGUUGUCACAUCGACCCCAUCGAACGAAGCCGAACUUCAGCUGUACCGGGUGCUGCAGAGAGCAAGCUUGCUCAACUACUAUGACACACUGCUCGAGAUGGGGGGUGAUGACGUCCAGCAGUUGUGUGAUGCGGGCGAGGAAGAGUUCCUGGAGAUCAUGGCACUGGUUGGGAUGGCCUCGAAACCGCUGCACGUUCGUCGGCUCCAGAAGGCACUGCACGAGUGGAUGACCAAUCCCUCCGCCUUCCAGAGCCCGCUCACGAACGUGGACAUACCGUCCCGGAUCCCGUACAGUCCCGAGCCGGGUUCGAUAGCGCGCAGCGUUACGACGGCCAGCACUGGACCGUACGGUGGUCCGUCGACCGUUGCCGGCAGCUUUUCGAACCUGACCGCCAAUGCUGCCGCCGGUACGAACCUUCCGCUCACACCGCCGACACCGAUCCCGUCCGCUCCUGCUUCGUCCUCCUCUUCCUCCUCCUCGGCAGUGGCCGCUGCCGCAGCGGCAGCCGCUUCAGCCGCAUCGUCCACCCUCGGUCAUCUCGGUGCGGGUGUCGGUCCUUUGGGCCAUCAUCAUCUGCUGCACCAUCACCAUCAUCAUCAUCCGCUGAGCAGCAGCAAUCUCAGCAGCACGAUCAGCAACCAGAUCGGAUCCACCACCAGUGGUUCGGUGCAGCUGACACCGUCGCUGACGGAGGAUCAGGUGGCAAAGAUAGUGCAGGCGGCCGAGCGGCUGUCGCGCACCCUGCCCCGGCUCGAACCGCGCCAGCAAAGCAUCAAGAAGCGUUCGGCACGCGACCUGGAGGCGGUUAUCGCGAUGAGCGAAAGCGAUCCCCGGCGGAUGGAUGAGAUACGCAAGUACUCGGCCAUCUACGGCCGGUUUGACUGCAAGCGCCGUCCGGAGAAGCCCCUCACACUGCACGAGGUGUGUGUGAAUGAGGCGGCCGCCCAGAUCUGCAAGUACAUCCCGGCGCUGCUGACAAGGCGCGACGAGCUGUUCCCACUCGCCCGGCAGGUGGUGCGUGACUGUGGAUUCGGUCAUUCGGCCAGCAUACGAUUGACGGGACUGAGCCAAACGCAGCCAAAUCGUGGUGACGAACUGGACACGGUGCAGCAGCUGAAACGAGCCCGCCUCUCAAGCGACACCAGCUCGGACAUGGGCAAGCCAACUCCAACUACGCAAUACACAUGCUUAUGAGCUUACUCGCUGCUUGAUUGUAGUUGAACGGUCAAAGUCUAACGCUCACGCUGAUUUGGCUGAGUCGCGGAUCAACUGUUCUGCAUCGGCCUGCUGCCUACCGGCUGGGCUGUUCGGCCGUGGGCACCGUGUACCUACCACACGUUUGGCCACGCUUCUGGGCUACGCUUUGCUUACCAAAUUGCUUUCCAAUGCUUCCACACUAUCGCUUAUCGCUUUAUCGUUCUUUUGUUGAGCAUUUAAGUAUCCUUUCAUAUUUACUUAUUUAUUAUUGGUUUAAGUUUAUGUUUUAAGGUUUAAUUUUGUUUUAGUUUCGUUUCGUCGAUCUUUAAGUGCUUGAUUAUAAUAUAUUGAGAUGUCAAUGGAAAGUAGAAAACUUAUCUUUAGCAUGGAGUUAAACUCACUCGAAGAUACUUUUAGCCUUUCCAUUGGCACUGGUGCUCGCCUGAAUAAGGCUGAUAUUUUUGCUUCUCAUUUUCUACAUCAAAGAUGUUGAAGCAGAAGUUUCAUCCUAGUUUCAUUGCACUUCCUAUUUGGAAACUAUUAAUAACAGCAGUUUAUCUAUAAAACUACGGAUUAAUAAUGAAAAUCCAGUGUGCCUUGUAGCUUUAGUUCUAGUCAGGUGCUUUGACCUUCGUUUAUUUUGCAAUCUCCUUUGCCAUUGCGUUUUGUAGAUGUUUAAAAGUACAGAUAAAAAUACUCAUUUUAUUUUCGUAGUAGUCAUUUAGAGCAUGUUUUCUUAGCUACAUUGAUAUCUUCUUGUAGUGCUACUUUUUGCCUAACAGCUGAAUGCUGAAUGUAACUGUAUAACAUAGUAGAAAAAUGUAUCUGCUUCGCCACGCUACGCUUUAAAAAUUGUACGUGCAAAUGAAUUACAAAACAAUUGGAUUGAAAUUUCAGUUGAUGUUGUAGUUUAAUUUGAAUAAAUCCUAAAAUUAAUAAUCAAUUCAAAACUCAAACAUUGUCACGGUAUUGCAGUUUUUUUUAAUUUUUGCACAACUUGCUUCAGUCUUUUAUGCUCACUUUCUGUAAUACAAUAUGUUUAUUGAAACAUUUACCAACGGUGUAAAAAGCUUUUUUUAACUAUAUUUGCACGUAUAAUUCAUCUGCCCUCUGUGUUGAAAUGUACGAUCUUUGCUAACACCAGUGCAUUGCUAUCGGAUCCUGCAGAGUGCUAGAUUCGCUUCACUGCUUCCGCUUCCGCUUUCAUUUGAUUUCUAUAGUUUGUGUGUUGCUUCUAGUAUUGCUGUAGCUAUAUUUAUGUUCCAUGCUUUUAUUAUUAAAUAUGCUGCACUUAACUUAAAUCUUCUAUAUUCUGCUUUUCUAUCGCUUGCUUAUAUUGCGCUUAUGCACAUCACGCUCUAGUAUUGCGCCUACACAACCUAAACCAAUAAAGGUACAGUAAAAUGGACGGUACUAAUUCUUAUUCCCCUUUUCCCAGGAAAACUCGGACGACAAUCGCGACAUUUCGAGCGGCUCCAUUUACCAGCAGAUCAGUGACAAACCCUUCGAUUUAACUGAUUCAAGUAA